GUUUUUAAAAUGGGUAGUUCGCGAAGACGUUUAUGUUCCGGACGAAAAAGUCGACGACGAUUGAGGAAAUUUUAUAUAAAUAAGCAAUUUCCUGAAAGUGGUGAAAACAGAAAAGACAUAGAGCAGGAUUUCACUUACUGUAUAUUAGACAAGAGUGAAAAAAUCUUAGCAGAACCAGCCGUAGCUACAGCUUCUAGAGCCGAGAUAAGAAUGAGUCCCAGCAAACGUCCUAGGCCAAGGAAAAGGAGAGCAAUUGCACUAAGGAACUUAAGAAGCAAAAAAGCUACUUUAAACAAAAGUUUUCCAUCAAAUAAUUCAUUACAUCAAGGAUCAGUAGAAACAUCUACUUUACCUAGUUGUAGUGUCGAUUCUCACAGUGUACCCGUCGAAAUUGAUCCAACGGAUUGCAUAACGGGGAAACUUUAUUGUAGAUUAUGCUUUAAGUUCGUUUCUCGAACCCAGCUCGUAUGUCUUGGACCGUUUCACGAUAAAAUGUAUCCAGUAAGGAGUGAUGACUUCAAACGAAAUAAAAUUCUACAGAGUAAUAUGUACAUCAAGAUGAUCGAUGCGUUGAUGCCGGAAUUUGACCACGACAUAAUCGAAAAUCCCGUAAUGUGCUCCUAUUGUAGCGCAAAACUCGAAAAGGCUUUCAAUUUCUUGGAAAUGUGCAUGAACAACCAAAAGCUCAUUAAACAAUACAAAGAAAGUUUCUGCCUAAACGGUGAAAGUGUAACUUUUGAGGAAAUUACUCUGGUACGUCGGUUCCAAAAAAGAGACCCGCUAGUCAAGAAGCGCGGGAUUGUUCUAAAGUGCAAGAUAAAGUAAUAAAAGUAACAGCGCCCGAUAACCAAGAUUAUGAUCGUCCCGAUACAGUUUCUGUAAACGAUAUAAAUUCAGAAGUCGAAGAAAAAUUUGAUAUAUCUACGUCAGACUUGAGCAAUAUUAAAGAAGAACCCAUCAACGAACAUCCGAUAACUUCGAAUCGAUCCAGUGAAUUUCCGCUUCAAUCAGAUACAGAAAUACUGACAACUCAUGUUAAGACUGAAUCCGAUACCAGCCCGAAUGAUGCGAAUCCAGAUAAUUGUUACCUGUACCGUGCUCCCGGUAAUUAUAACUCGUGCGGCAUUUUAGAAAAUACAAAUAUAAGUACAGAUACCGUUAAAAAUGAAAUUGUAUUAAAGACUGAAUCAACUUCACAUAUUUUUAUCAGUGAUACCAUCGUUUUUGACGAAACAGGUGCUGUGGAGAGAUCAGUAAUUCAUUCUUUGUCCAAAUCUGAUUAUCCUUCUCAAUAAACAAGUAAUUGAAGCUGCGGUAUAUCUGGUUCUGGACAUGUUAGCCUUCAAACUCUUGCUAUAUAUCAUUUAGCAUCUACAGGUGUUUCAGGUCAAUGGGAAAUUUUCACAAAUAUCAGUUUUGUAUGAUAACUUUCACCUAAGUAAUUAACAACGUUUUUAUUGUUGAUUAUUGAAUCUAAUUCAUUGAAAUAGUCACAGAAAUAAUUACCUUUAUACACCAGAAAUUGGAGUACACUCUUGGAAUCAAAUCUCACGUACGAGAUCAUUAAUUCAAAACUAAAUUUAUAUUUUAGCCAUUGCAAUGGGUGAUUUGUAGGUAAGCACGUUAUCGUGACCUAAAAGCACUUUCUUACUUAGUAAGUGAGGCUAUUUCACUUUGAUUUUCUCUCCAAAGUUGUUGUGCCUUCGUUCUGUUUAUUGUUUUUGCUUUUUUCUAAUGACCAAUAUAAAUCUUUCUCAGUAUUUUUUAAACAUAUUGUAGCAAUACUGACCUACCGAAAUUAAUGUUGGUGAUCAGUAUUGUCCUCUUCUUCCCUUUCUUAGGACUUUAGUGUUACAAUGCAUUAUAACAUAGGAUAUAACAUAUCCUAGUUUUCUAAAUAGUCCAGACGCGAUCUUUUUUGAAUUCGAUAUUUUCCAUGGAAGUCAAUUUUUUUUGCUGGAAUCACUUCAGGAUAUAUCUUGUAUCAAUAAUCACGAUAUGCAUCAGUCUCAAACGUGCUUAAUUUUUAAUUUAACAAAAUUUUAACUUAACUUAAACUUUUUAUAUAAAAUGUUUGCGUGAUAAAGUGAAUCAGUGAGUUCAAAAUCACAAAGUGCUCCAAAAAUUGUAUUUACUCGGCUUCCUGUCAUCCGAUUUUGAUAUAUAUUUUAAUCCAUGUCGUGGACGACAAGACAAAAAUUUGUAAUAAACCAUUCAAUAUGCCAUUAAAUAUUCGCAUUUUCUUUC